AUGCCAGAUCCCCUUGUGACCAGUGUGACUCUGGAGGAAGCAAGCGAGUGUCCUCGAGUGAUACACGUUGAUCGUACGAAACUUCUAGAGCGCGCAAGCCUCACGCAGCGUCAACGUCGACGAGAAGAAAGCGAGGAGCGUCGACUGGGCAAUCGGCAGUCUUCGUGGCUGUUUAACGGCACGAAGCGAUCACGUGAAGAAACCUUGGAGCCGCCUUCGCCUUUUAUCAAUAAUGUUGUGGUGAGCGCGAAGUAUGGUGUCUGGAAUUUCUUACCGCGAGUGCUCUUGGCACAGGUGAAGCGACCUUCAAACAUGUAUUUCCUGUUCAUUGCGUUACUUCAGACUAUCAAAGAAAUCAGCAACACGAGUGGUAUUCCUACAAUCCUGUUACCGCUAGCGGUGGUUCUAGUGUGUAGUGCAAUUAAAGAGGCCUUGGAGGAUCGAGAGCGCCAUCGCGCUGAUCAUGUGGCUAAUAAUCGACCAGUGAUGAUGCUGACUCCUCUGAACACUUGGGAGGAGCGACCAUGGGGAGAUUUGCGGGUGGGAGACAUUGUCAAGGUAAUGAAAGAUCAAACUAUACCAGCGGACUUGCUUUUGCUGUCAGUAAGUGGAGCAGGGCACGAUGAUGAUGGAGAGAGUCAGCAACAAUUACAAGCUGCGACCUCUGAUACAUUUCUUGGCUUGAACGAUAAAGCUCAAGCAAACAAAAAUUCAACUGAAUCAUCGAUGUACGUGCUAGGGCUGCAUAAUGUUUCACAAUUUUCGGGGAAGCAUCAAGUAGAGUCUGAUGUUGCAUAUAUUGAGACUAAGUCUUUGGAUGGUGAAACUAAUUUAAAGAUUCGCACAGUUGUUCCGCUGGUAGCAGACAUAUGUGGCGGAGCUAAUCGCCAAAGUCACACUUUCGAUGGUGGGAAUCUCAACGCGCUUCGUGGCACGAUGGUGUGUGAACAACCCAACAAUAGAUUGACGUCUUUUGAAGGAACUUUUUCAGUGAUUUUAAACCCUACUCAAGCACAAACAUUAAAAGAAAAGAGCCCACUAUCGACCUCAGCGCCCUCUCCGGCCAAAUAUUUGCAAAUUGAGGCUACUGACAAUGGCUUUGCGUGUGUGCAUGUACCAGUCACGGCAAAGCAAAUGUUAUUACGAAGCUGUGUGCUCCGCAACACACGUUCAGUCAUCGGUAUGGUAGUUUUCACAGGCCACGAGACAAAAGUCUUCUGCAGCAACACAGAGCCCGUUGUGAAGACCUCGUCAGUAGAGCGGCGGCUCAACAAACUUAUCAUCAACAUCGUAUUUCUCCAACAACUUGUUUGUUUUCUUGGUGCACUCUUUGGUGCCUACUGGAUGUAUAGCGGGGGUGCUUCGCUUUGGUACCUUGUCGAUGCCUCCGAGCGUCGGCAUCACAAUUCAGCUAGCGUUUCUGCAACUCAUCCUCUUGCUGAACUUGUCAAGCUGCACCUACGCUACUUUAUUAUCAUGCAAAACUUUGUUCCCAUCUCGCUCAAUGUGUCGCUAGAGUUUGUAAAAUACUGGCAAGCCUACUUCAUCGAACAAGAUCUGGAAAUGUACGAUAAGCAAUUGGACGCACCGGCCAUCGUCCGAUCCUCCGCUUUAAACGAAGAUCUUGGCCGUGUGCAUCAUAUUUUUACAGACAAGACUGGCACUCUCACAAUGAAUCUUAUGCUUUUUCGGUAUUUAAUGGUAGGACGAAAGCAUUAUGGCGGUCCCAUUCAGGAAACUGAAUUAAAGCCUAAACUUUCUAAGGAAAUUGAGCAGGCUGGAUUAGCGAAAGGCCCACGAUUUGUAGAUUUUGACCCGACUGAGCUCUUUGCCGACAUUCUCGCGGGAGGGGAGCAGGCGAAAAUGCUUCGUCAUUUCUUACGGCACUUAGCUCUCUGCCAUACAUUGAUACCUGCUAAAUCGCUUGCUGAGAUGUGCAGUACGUCAUUUCCGGAGUAUUCUGCAUCAUCACCUGACGAGCAAGCGCUUGUGUCUGCAGCUGCGUUUUGCAAUGUCCGUUUCGUACACAGAACGUCCACUGCGAUGAUGCUCAUGGAGCCAGGUUGGAUAACACCUUGCACAUACAAGUUGCUGAAUGUGAUCGAGUUUGAAAGUGACCGAAAGCGCAUGAGUGUGAUUGUAGAGACUCCGGACGGGAAAAUUGAAUUGCUGUGCAAAGGCGCGGAUGAUGUUAUUUUUGAGCGGCUUGCGAUGGAUCAAGCGACAAAGUUUGGUGGUAUGUCCUGCGAGCAAGCGUCGAAUCAGCUCUCGUUGUAUGCAAAGGCUGGAAUGCGCACCUUAUGCCUGGCUUAUAAAAGUAUUGCUCGACAUGAAUACGAGAAAUGGAACGCUCGUUUUAUGGAGGCACAUGCUUCGAUGGAAGAUGUGGACAAGCGACGUCAUGGUCGUGCGAAUGCAAUCGACCCGUUAAUAAACGAAAUUGAAGGCGAUCUUGUGCUGCUUGGAAUUACUGCAGUUCAAGAUAAACUUCAGGCUGGGGUUCCCACGACGCUGCGGUUGCUACAAGAGACAAAUAUUAAGUUGUGGACUCUCACAGGCGAUAAAAUGGAAACUGCUGUCAACAUUGGCUAUGCAAGUGCGCUAUUGUCUCAUGAUAUGGAUGUACGACAAAUUGGAGGCACGGAUUACACUUCCAUUGCGGCAGCUUUACGAAAACUAUCCAAGCCCAAUGAUCAUAAAAUUUCUUUUUCUAAUCAGUCACAAAUUCUAGCAUCGCUGCCUUAUACUAAUGCGAAAGAUAGCGAAAAUAGUGAAAUGCAGCGCGCGCGUAAUGACGGACACAGCAAGUCCGCACAAACUAAUCGUACCUUUGAAAGUGCGAGGGCAACAAUCGGCAGGUUUUUGUUCAGAACAGUGGCAAAACUAGACCGACAGCCAAAAUAUCGACGCAAUCGAGCGCCCAGGGCUUCAUCAUUAUUUCCACAAACGCCUAUGUACUCUUCGGUAGCGACUGAUGCUGACUAUCCAAAUACGUCCCCAUCUGACGAAGAAUCCCAGUACAGUGUUGGGACUGAGGCUGAUGACGAAGCACUUCGCUCACCCGCUUAUGGGACGCUUAACGGAACCGGCGGAAGUCAUCCCCAAAAAGAUUUGCGAUCGCAGAAGUUAGCGCUGGUGAUUGACGGACAGUCUCUCGAGUAUGCCCUUCACCCUCAUUUGCGAGGUCUUUUUUAUCAAGUCACACGGCAGUGCGCAUCUGCGGUCAUUUGCUGCCGUGUUUCACCCAAGCAGAAAGCUAAUAUUGUCAAAUUAAUUCGCGAAUAUGAGCCCGAUAGUGUUACACUGGCAAUCGGAGAUGGAGCGAAUGACGUAGCAAUGAUUCAGUCGGCUCACAUUGGUGUGGGUAUCUCUGGUCAGGAAGGAGCACAGGCUGUGAACGCAUCUGACUAUGCACUGGCUCAAUUUCGCUUUCUGCAGAGAUUAUUGUUUGUACACGGUCGCUGGGCUUACCGCCGCGUAGCAAAACUUAUGAGCUACAUGCUUUAUAAAAACGUGACGUAUGUACUCACAACAUUUUGGUUUGGAUGCUUUUGUGGAUUUUCCGGUCAACCUCUUAUUCUAGACGUAGCUGCACAAAGUUUUAACGUGCUGUACACUAGUGUGCCGCUAGUACUUUUCGCCGUGCUUGAUCAAGAUGUAUCGUCCGCAAGUGCAACGAAAUUUCCACACUUGUAUGCACUUGGUCAAAAAAAUGUCUUGCUUGCUCGUCGCGUGUUUUGGCCGUUACAGCCUUAG